UGUUUCAUGCAAUGUAAUUUAGAGGGAAGGAGAAGGACUUACGGAGAGGCAGGCAUUUACUUGAGCUGUCAAAGGGAAGAUGAAGUGAAUGUAUAAACAAGAGGAGCUGUUUGUGUUUUGGCCUAAGUGCUUCUGCUCUGUCCUCACAGGGGAGCCAAACGGAGAGGGGGGAAGACGUGCUGACCAAAGCUGAGAGGGAGUGAGAAAGUGACCGACGUGGGGGAGAAAAGAGAGGAUAAGUUGAAGUCUGUUGCAAAGGUGGAUGAGAAGAUCGAGUUGAGGAUUCUGCCUGACACAGGAGGAGGAGCGCCAGCCUGGGGGGGACCACCAGAUCAGAGGUCUUCCAACAACAACAACAGGACAGGAUGAGGUACCAAGGCAGGGAGGUGGAUAUUGAAGGCAGAGUGCGCCUGGUGAUGGAGAGCGCUUUGACGGCCCGGGACAGGGUGGGGGUGCAGGACUUUGUCUUGCUGGAAAACUACAACAGUGAGGCGGCCUUCAUUGAGAACCUACGGAGACGCUUUGGGGAAAACCUCAUCUAUACGUAUAUUGGCUCGGUUUUGGUGUCGGUGAACCCUUACAAAGAGCUGGAGAUUUACUCCAAGCAGCAGAUGGAGCGCUACAGAGGAGUCAGCUUCUACGAGAUAUCGCCGCACAUCUAUGCUUUGUCAGACAACACUUACCGGGCCAUGCGGACCGAGAGGAAGGACCAGUGUAUUCUGAUAUCAGGUGAGAGUGGAGCGGGUAAAACAGAGGCGUCCAAGAAGAUCCUCCUGUACUACGCCGUCACCUGCCCCACCAACGAUCAGAUGCCUGCCCUCGGUGAAUGCCUGCUGCAGUCCAACCCCGUCCUGGAGGCAUUUGGGAACGCCAAAACAUUUAGGAACGACAACUCCAGCCGCUUCGGAAAAUACAUGGAUGUCCAGUUUGACUUUAGGGGGGCACCAGUAGGCGGUCACAUCCUGAACUACCUGCUGGAGAAGUCCCGUGUGAUUCACCAGAACCACGGCGAGAGGAACUUCCACAUCUUCUACCAGCUGCUGGACGGAGGGGAGGACGACCUGCUCACCACGCUGGGCCUGGAGAGAAACCCUCAGAGCUACCAAUAUCUGGGAAACUGUCCAAGACUCAGCUCCGUCAGUGACAAGAAUAAUUGGAAAGUCGUGAUGAAGGCGCUGUCCGUUAUUGGCUUCACAGAGGAAGAGGUGCAGAAAUUGCUGAACAUCAUCGCAAGUGUUCUCCACCUGGGAAACACUCAGUUUGGGGAAGGCGAGGAGGGAGAAACUUACAUCACCACCGAGACUAAGAUAACAAGCCUCACAAAGCUGCUGGGUGUCGAUGGCUCGGCCCUCGGGGAGGCACUCACUCACAAGAAACUCACUGCCAAAGGAGAGGAGAUGAUCACCCCACUCAGUUUUGAGCAGGCGGUGUCUGCCCGCGAUGCCUUAGCCAAGGCCGUGUACGGUCGGACCUUCACCUGGUUGGUGGAGAAGAUCAACCAGUCGCUGGCUCUGAAGGAGGAAAUCUACCACAGCGGUAAGGGCUGCUCUGUCAUAGGGCUUCUAGAUAUCUACGGCUUUGAGGUCCUACAGCACAAUAGCUUUGAGCAGUUCUGCAUCAACUACUGCAACGAGAAGCUCCAGCAACUGUUCAUUGAGCUCACCCUGAGAUCUGAGCAGGAGGAGUACGAGACCGAGGGAAUUGCAUGGGAGACGGUGCAAUACUUUGACAACAAGAUCAUUUGUGACCUGAUCGAAGAGAAGCACAAAGGCAUCAUCUCCAUUCUGGAUGAGGAGUGUCUGAGACCUGGAGAGACCUGCGAUGUCUCCUUUCUCGAGAAGUUGGAAGACACACUGGGCGGCCAUCCCCAUUUCGUCACUCACAAGUUGGCAAAUGGAAAGACUCGCAGGGUGAUGAGCAGGGAGGAGUUCAGGCUGCUGCACUACGCCGGAGAGGUCAACUACAAUGUCAAUGGUUUCCUAGACAAGAACAAUGAUUUGCUGAACAGGAACCUGAAAGAGGUCAUGUGUCAGUCAGACAACCAGAUCCUGAGUCACUGUUUCCGCAAGGAGGAAGCGAUAGACCAGAAACGCCCGGAGAUGGCCGCCACUCAGUUUAAAAACAGCCUGACGAAACUUAUGGAGAUCCUCAUGUCUAAAGAGCCGUCCUAUGUGCGCUGUAUCAAACCAAAUGAUGCCAAGCAGCCAGGAAGGUUUGAUGAAGUUCUGGUCCGACACCAGGUGAAGUACCUGGGUCUGAUGGAGAACCUGAGGGUCAGGAGAGCUGGCUUUGCCUAUCGCCGUCGCUUUGAAGCCUUCCUGCAGAGGUAUAAGCCCCUCUGUCCCGAGACGUGGCCCAACUGGCAUGGCAGACUGUCUGACGGUGUCUCCACACUGGUCAACCACCUGGGAUAUAAAGCAGAGGAGUACAAACUGGGCAGGUCAAAAAUCUUCAUCCGCUUCCCAAAAACUCUCUUCAACACCGAGGAUGCACUGGAAGCAAAAAGGCCAGAUAUUGCUUUGACCCUGCAGACGUCUUGGAGAGGCUACAGGGAGAGAGCCAAGUACCAACGCAUCAGACGAGCAGUGAUAGUGAUCCAGUCAGGGUGGCGGGGGAUGAAAGCACGCAGGAGGGCUAAGAGGCGUCGCCAGGCUGCUGAGUUAAUACGCAGGCUAAUAAAGGGCUUCAUCUACCGCCAUGAGGAAUUCUGCCCUGAGAACGAGUAUUUCCAUGAUCACGUGCGCUACUCCUUCCUCAAGAACCUACGGAAAAACCUGCCCAAGAGCGUUUUGGACAAAAGCUGGCCGACACCUCCUCCCUCUCUCAUUGAGGCCUCUGACCACCUGCGGAGGCUUCACAUGAGAAACAUGGUCGCGAAGUAUUGCCAUAGAGUCCAGCCUGAAUGGAAGAAGCAGAUGAUGCAGAAGGUUGUCGCCAGUGAGAUCUUUAAGGAUGAGAAAGACAGCUACCCUCAGGGUGUUGGAAGGCUGUUUUUGGACUCCAGGCUGGAACGUGAGCAGAUCAAUCUGAAAGUUGUCCAGACCCUCGGCAGUGACAAAGUGCAGUACGGCGUUACGGUUGUAAAGUACGACAGGAGGGGUUUCAAGCCCCGCCCUCGCCAGCUGCUCCUCACUAACACUUUCGCUGUGCUGGUGGACAGGACCAAGAUCAAACAGAGGAUCGACUACGCUGCUCUGAGAGGUAUCUCUGUGAGCUCUCUCAGCGACGGGAUGUUUGUGCUGCACAUGCCCAACGAGGACAAUAAGCAGAAGGGCGAUGUGGUGCUGCACUGCCACCAUGUGAUCGAGGUGGUGACUAAACUAUCAAUGAUGGCCAGCAAAGUCAACUACGUCAACAUCAGCCCGGGCAGCAUAAGGUUUGUCGUGGCUCGAGGCAAAGAGGGAUUCAUUGAUUUCGUCAGGGGGUCGGAACUGAAGGUGGCCAAAGGCAAGCGAGGACAUCUGCUGGUGACCGCCCCUCAGAUCAACUCUGCAUGAAGAAACCUAAAACAGCGUCCAGUCAAACGGUAAUCCUUUUAGCUCACGGGAGGAUUGCCGCUUUAGAAGUUGUCCUUGUUCGUUUGUAUCUUGACAAAAUGCAGCACAAGCACAUGCUCAAACAGAAGGAAGUUCCCUUAUUAAUUAAUACGCAUCAACUUUAUUACGAAUGUCUUCAAUGUUGCAAAAAUGACUGAUCUUUUUUUAUAAUAAGAAAACCAUAACAUGAAGUCUUCACUGUUUUUCAAAUGCUCUUUAUUGUCAGUCAUACAUAAAUACAUUUCCAUUCUAUCAAUAUAAAAUAUAAUAAUGUUUUAACACUGUAUCUCUAUUGUAAGAGAAAUAAAAAUACUUUGAA